AUGUCUACCGUUCCUCAGAGUCCUGUAGAGGCACGCUCACUGUCAACGGUCACCAAUAUCGCAUCGAAUCCCCCCGCAUACCCACGAAAUCCCGCCCGCGAGAAGCACGAACCACUAUCUCUCUACAUUGUGCGCGUGCCAGGAAGCAAAGACAUUUUCCUCUCAACUCUUAAACCACCGACGAAAUCCAGUGUCUCCGCUGAGGCGAUCAAUGCCUCUCUUUACUAUCUCCAUGUUGCGACUCCCGAAGAUGAUACCCUGCUCCAGGAAGUGGAGGCAGAGCGCGAAGAGCAGGCCCAGUUGCACAAGGAGCGUCUCGAGAGAGCGGGUGUCGGGGACCCAGCUCAACGCGAGUUCGCGCGACUGAAUAAUGUGCGCCGGAAACCAGUUGGUGGGGGAGGGAACCUCAAUCCCGUGCCUUUGCUGGCACCACCUCAACAGGAUGCUACUGCUCCUCCGGCCCUGCCACCACGACCAAUUCCAAUGCCGCAGGUUACGGCGGAGAAUGUAUCUUUCUCUGGGACUCCAGUCGCCUAUUCCAACACACAGCCUCCUUCGAGUAAUUACAUGCCUGGAGGGAUAUCGGUAGAAUCGGGUGGUAAGAGCAGCAGCCCACGACGACCUUUGCCUCCCUUACCGCCCGGUGAAGAGUCAUGGACCAAUUCUGCAGGAGGCGAGGACCCGCCUAAAAGUCCUUCCCGUUGGAGCGCGUUUGCCGAACAAUUGCAAACUCGGGGAGAGAAUUGGAGGGAAAAGUAUGAGGCAAAGUACGAGGCGUUGUCGGCUGGCCGUCACAGCCUUGACUCUACCAGACCACCAAUGCAACCUCUUUCUUCGCCUAACUGUACUGGAUUACCCUUAGAAAGCUCCAGGGAAUCUCCUAACCGGCCAAGAAAUACAUAUGGCAACCCUCCUAGCAAUGCUGGCUUUCAUAUUACGCUCAUUCGACGUGAUCCUGCGUCCGGCACUCAAUGGAAUGUGGCAACGAUUUCGACCCCACGAAUGGACCGCAACACCGUUGAUAUCGAGAUUUCCACGCCGGGAUACAACAGGUUCGCAGGCCCAAAUGAGAUACCCUCAUUAUCCAGCCUGGCCGCCAAUCUCCCGACGGGAAUUGGACGCCUGCCCAGCUCUGCCAUUUCCCAAUCCCCAGCAACCGAGCAACCAAAGGAGCAGCCAACCGGCCCACGCAAGUUCCGUCGUCAACUCUGCGUAUCAAAGCCAUUCGAUGACUCGAUUGCUACAGAUGGUAGCAACGGCCACACCCAAGGGAGCUCGUCCUCGUCCAAGCUAAAAAGCGGCUACUACACUUUCACUUCUCCAUGGAAUGGCACAUGCACCUUCACAAACAGCGUGAACGGCCGAAGCCUCAAAUGCAAACACAUGAUCCCAACACCCGGCGGCUUCGUCCCUUCCAACGGCGAAACAGAAGCCCCCCCCGCCGUAACCGUCGCCGAGAUCCGCUUCAAUACCCCUUUCCAAGCAGCAAAUCUCCACUCGCACGCACACCACGCAAUCCAUAAACCCCACCCAAACCACCUCUCCCCCUUCACGCAAAGCCAACUCCAAACCCAGUCCCUCCCCCACCUAAGCGACGACAACAACUCCGGCCUCGAUGGAGGACCACUCCACCCAUCCUCUUCCAACAACAGCAACGCAUCCGCAAAGCGCAACUCCCUCUCCCAACUCCUAAACCCGAAUAACUACGCCUCACCUCUUCCCGCCUCAACCCCCACAGACCCGCGCGCAAGCUUCAGCCCCUCAAGCCUCCUCCGCAGAACUUCUUUGCGCGCGCAACGCUUCGCGCGCCAGAGCCAGUUCAACCCCGCUUCUCGGCCCCACUCACGCCGCAGUAUGAGUAAUAGUAGUGGUGGAGAUCUGGAUCAUGAUUCCGACGAUGAUCGAUUGGAUCUCUCGCUUGCGAGGGAGCCUGCUGGUGGUGGGCUAAGGGGGAAGAGUGCGAAAUUGGGGAAGUUGGUUAUUGAAGAUGAGGGGAUCAAAAUGCUUGAUCUGGUUGUUGCUGCUUGUAUGGCUGUUUGGUGGAGGGGCUACUAUUGA